AUGGAUGACUUGUGCAGGAAUUUAGAAUCUGGGGACAAGAUUAUCGAUAUUGUCUCCGAGGAGAGAGUGCGUUCCGAUGGCAUGCAACCUGAGGGCUGGGCCGAACGUACAAGUUAUAAAAACAAUGAGAUCCCAGCUAACCCGCCCUACAAGGCGAAGAUCUAUAAUCUUUCUCAGCUAACCUGCGAAGACUUUCGAAGUUUUUUGACAGAUUCUGGAAUCUCUAUCGUGAAGCUCGAAGAACACAAUGGAUUCUGUGUGGAAGUUCAGACACCGGACGAUCUUGCUUUUAUCGUCUCCUUGGACGGAGAAUACUAUGACGAGGAACAUGGAGAGGACGACCCCCCUAUUAAGGUUCGUGUGCUAUACGAAUCAAGAUACAAUAAUCACUACCCUCCUACCGAGCUGACGAGGGAUAUGCUUCAGGGGGCGGGAGCUGGUGACUUUGUCUUUCGAACUGCCGACUCUCGCGCAGGAACGUCCGGGUUUUCCAGGGAGAACAUGGGGGCAGCUGACCACGGUUCUUCUACACUGGAUAGAGCAAGGUUUGCUAUGUCUGAUGGUGCAUCCGUUGAUAAUGCAUCCACGAGUGCUCCACUUCUUAACUUUCGAGACUCUGGUAAAGCGUCUCUUCCAGUUGCAUUUUCAAAACCUCCAGACCUUGAUCUGGCAUUCCGCCAAAAGGGUCUGUCUGGAGACCUUGGCAGCAUGCGCUCCGGGACUUCCUGCAUUUCUAGUUACCAGCCAGCCCAGCAGAAACGAACGUACCAACCACCACAGCUAUCGUCCUUCGCGUCAAGAAGGUCUGCUGCGAAGAAGACGGUCGAUGAGAACGGUUGGACCAUAAAUGGUUGA